AACAUUGCGGAAGGGCAGCGCCCCGAUCUGUUCAUAACAACACUUUGGAUGUCAGGGACAUUUCCUUAUAAGAAGGACAGGAUUGUUUGACAGCUCAGAAGCAACCUGUCAGGGAAGGAACCUCUGAGCCGAGAUGGCCCAGGCUAACAUCUCAGUGACAGAGAGCCAGUUCAGGUGUCCCAUCUGCCUGGACAUCCUCAGGGACCCCGUGUCCAUCCCUUGCGGACACACCUACUGCAUGCUGUGCAUCAGCGACUACUGGGAUAAGUCAGAGUUUGGACACUCCAGCUGCCCACAGUGCAGGGACACCUUCAGCCCCAGACCGGUGCUUCGGAGAAACACGAUGCUCGCUGAGGUGGUCGAUAAACUCAAACUGAGUGAGAUGGUCAGGGAGCCGGUGUUCUACCUGGGAGAAGCCGGCGAGGUGGCGUGUGAUUUCUGUCCGGCAGAGAGCAAGCUGAGGGCGGGGAAAUCCUGUCUAGUCUGUCUGGCGUCCUUCUGCGACCUCCACGUCCUGCCGCACCGCGAGGUCGGUCCUCUGCGAAGGCACAAGCUGGUGGAGGCGGUGGAGCGGCUGGCGGAGAAGCUGUGCGCACAACACCGCCUCGGUCUGGAGCCCGAAGGCAGCGGCGGCGAAGCGGAAUGGAGCGGAGACUGCCUGCUGUGUGAGGCUGACCAGGAGGAAGAGCGCAGGGUGGACACGCACAGAGCCAGGAGACAGCUCCAGCUCCAGGAGUCCCAGAAGAAGGUUCAGGGCAGGAUACGGACUGGAGAAAGAAACCAAGAAGAGCUGCAACAAAGCCUGGAGUCCCUCAAGGUAUCAUCCACAGCAGUUCUGGAGGAGAGUGAAGCUCUGUUUACUGAGAUGGCACACCGCCUGGAGAAAACUAAAGCUGAGGUUCAAGCUGUGCUGGAAGCAAAAGGGCGAGCAGCUGUCGGGAGAGUGCAGCAAGAUAUCGAGCUUCUGCAGAAGGACCUGGAGGAGCUGAGGAAGAGAGAUGGGGAGAUCAGCCAGCUGCUGCAAACCGAAGAUGAAGUUCCUCUGUCGCAGGCCGCCCCACUGCUCUGCAUCCCUCCCAUCACAGAUCAACACUACAAAACCUUCAGCUUGCCUGCAGAGGCCUUCAGCGAUGCUAGGAAAGCUCUGAGUCACUUACGCAGCUGCAUUGAGGAUGUCUGCAGGGAGCAGGUGGACAAGAUCAGCCGUGCAGGUAAUGAGAACUAUGUCCCCGGAGGAGAGCUUUUAAACGGUGGCCAGAGGAACUCCAAACCCCAGCAAUGCCAAUCCGUGGGGCAACAGAACAAUAGGGCUCUUCCAUUUUCCUUUCCGCUGUCCACAUUGUGCCUGCAGCCACCUGAUCAGAGGAUGAGGACGGCUUUACUCAGAUUUUCGUGUCGUCUUUCCUUGGACCCUUACACCGCCCACCCCACUCUGGUCCUCCUUGAGGGGCCUCAGGGGGCCCACUGUGGCGAAGACACGCAGCCUUACCCCCCUCACCCCCAUCGCUUUGAUUCAGUGGCACAAGUCCUGUGCAGGGAGGGUCAGUUCAGCGCCGCCAGCUAUUGGGAGGUAGAGUGGAGGGGAGGCGGAUGGGUCGACAUAGGCCUCACGUCGCUGUCAAUCGGACGCAAAGGUGGUGGAAAGCCCUGCCUGCUCGGGCGUAACGAGAACUCCUGGCGGCUGAGGUGUACCCAUACAGGUUACUCUGCGUGGCACGACAACCGCAAGACCACAGUGGCAGCGCCACCCUGCCCAAGGAUCGGCGUGCUUAUAGAGCGGCAGAAAGGGGCAUUGUCUUUCUACAGUGUGUCAGACACGGUGGUGCUGCUUCACACUUUUCACUGCAGGUUCUCUCAGCCGCUGUACCCGGCUUUCCGUUUGGAUCUGGACUCCACCUUAAUCAUCUGCCCACAUGAGGGAGCUAAUGGGGGUAGGAUCUAAAGGGCAUAAACAAAGUGCUAUGGGAGGUCAACACUAAAAAAAUAUAACCAAAGACAAUCAAGAAAAUAAUGUUUACUUUUAAAAAUAACAUUUUUCUAUGGUGAAAGUUAUUAUAUUUAUUACAUGUUUAGGAAAAAAUCUCAAUGUUUAACUGCACUGGUCAAUACAGGUAAAGAUUUUUGUUUUUCUAAUAAAACCUCAAUGGACAAAUCAUAUAAACCAUAUUUUUGAUACAAAAUGCAGCCAAAGAUUUAUUACUGCUGUUAGCCAAUUAGCUGGGAUUGUUGGUCACAAUCCAGAAAACCCAAAUACUGGAAUGAGGAAGGUAGAAUUUUACAAU